GUGCGUGCUGCGUCAUACGGCUCGGGCUCCAGUUCGCGGAAGGAGGAUUGAAUUGUAUUGAAGGAGCGCUUCUGCAUUGGUCGAGUAUAAAACUGCACGAAACUUUUGACAUGUUUUAAAGAUGCACAAGAUGUUAAAGAUUGUUCUGAGGUAGCAGUGUGAAUGAAUGUUGUUUACUGAAUGUAGUAUUUUGCAGCUUUGUGUCGAGCGCCAACGGUUUCUCGUAAAUGGCGCGAAAACUGAUGUUAUUUUCUUCUGGUUUCCAAACAAGCAGGAGAAACUCCAGGUUUGACAGUCUAGAUAGACUGCGGUGAAGAUGGAGUUCGUUAAAGAGGAGAGUGAUGCAGAAACAUGUGGAGAGAAAGAGGAAGAAACUGAGGAACAGAGAGACCUCGUGGAAGUGAAAGAGGAAAGUGAAGAACUGAAUGAAGGGGAGGAGAAACGGCAGAAUCAGGAACCUCAGUGUUUCAUAAGUGGAGAGAAAUCUCUUAGUUUCUCUCAGAGUGAAAGUAAUUCCUCGCCAGAGACAACAGAGCCCAAUAAUUCUUUCAUGUGUCCUCAGUGUGGAAAGAGCUUUACUUGUAAAAGAGAUCUUAAGAGACACAUAAGGAUUCACACCGGAGAGAAACCGUUCCUGUGCUCUCAGUGCGAAAAGAGUUUUGCAAAUUCAGGAGAUCUGAAGAGACACUUAAGAAUUCACUCCGGAGAGAAGCCUUUCUCCUGCCCUCAGUGCACAAAGAGCUUCACGCAGAAGGAAGGACUGAAGGAACACAUGAAAAUACACUCCGGAGAGAAACCUUUUGCAUGCAUGUUGUGCGGGAAGAGUUUCACACAUCAAAACAGCUUAAAAAGACACAUGAAGGUCCAUUCAGGAGAGAAGUUACACCAGUGUCCUGAAUGCGGCAGGAGGUUUUCAGAGGCCUGCAAUCUCAAAACUCACCUGCUCUCUCACACCGGAGAAAGACCCUUUCACUGUCAGCGCUGCGACAAGAAGUUUUUCCUGGCCGUGCACCUCAAAACACACAUGAGGAUCCACGAGGACGAGCGGCGAUACGUGUGUUCAUUCUGCGGGAAGAGCUUUCUGUGGCUUAAUGGGUUUAAAGACCAUCAGAAAAUACAUACUGGCGAGAAACCCUACGAGUGUCAGGACUGUGGAAGUACUUUCACUAGAGCCGGUGAACUGAAAGUGCAUGAACGGGUCCACACUGGAGAAAAACCCUACAAGUGUUCCCACUGUGAGAAGAGCUUCACAGUUUCAGGAGCCCUUAAAGUGCAUGAGAGGGUUCACACCGGAGAGAAACCGUACCUCUGUCCAUCCUGCGGGAAAACGUUCAGCCGAUAUGGAAAUCUAGGGAAGCAUUUAAAAAAGGCUUGUCCAAAGCUGAGACAGUGAGGAGGUUCAGCUCCAGGUAUAGGCUCGUCCAU